AUGGAGUGAGAACAUCGGACAUUGCAACAACCAAAAAUUUAUAUAGUAUAAAGAGAACCAGAAACCAACCACGGCCUGCUUCCCCCUAAGGAUAUUCAAAGAAAAUGAAUAAUUCAAUUCUCUUUGCCUUUUUUUAAUCAACCCACCAAAAUUCCAUCAUCAUCAUGUUCUUCUUCUUCUUCUAAACAUAAAAACUAUUCAGAAUCAAAACAUGAACUUGGUUUUGUCUACAGAUGCAAAACCCAGGCUGAAAUGGACGCCUGAGCUUCACAAAAGAUUUGUAGAGGCCGUGAAUCAGCUUGGUGGAGCAGAUAAGGCCACACCGAAGGGCUUGAUGAGAGCGAUGGGAAUAACCGGACUCACUCUGUACCACCUCAAGAGCCAUUUACAGAAAUACAGAUUGGGAAAAGGCCAGCAGUGUGAAACCAACAGCCGACUCAAGCUGGAAGAGAUGCAGAGAAAAGAGGAGCAUUUGAACAGAGGAAACAGAGACGGGAGUCAGAUUGAAAACAAGAACGAGAAGGAAAUGAUGAAGAUAUGGGAGGGCCUGGAAAUGCAAAUAGAGGUACAGAGGCAUUUGCAGGUGAGAAUAGAGGCGCAGGGGAAGUAUUUGCAGACGGUGCUGAGAAAGGCGCAAGAGACAAUCGCCGGCUACGGCUGUUGCUCGGAGGCGCUGGCGGAGGCGCAGGAGGAGCUCUCCCACUUGGCCUCAAUGGUCUCCUCUGGAUGCCACAGCUCGGAACUCACCAACUCUGCAGCACAAGCCAGAGUGCUAAGAAGAAGAAAAACAACAACAAGAAUGUCCUCCAUGGAAAGCUCUCUAACGUCUACUGAGACUUCAGAGUUCGACUUGAACGAUGCCGUAUCCGACUAUACUCAUUCAGAUGCGGGAAUCCAAAUGAAUGGCGAUGGGAUAGAAUCGCAGUUGAUUCAGUAUCUUUAGAAUAAUGAUUAAAUUUACCUUAAUGUGUAAGUAAUUUUUGGGUUAAUGGACGAUUUAAUCAUGUUUAACCCUGUCAGGUGUGCCCGAUGAAGAUUUGGCAUUUUCAUCUAGGAUGUGUACAUGGGGUGGUGUGGUGGUGUAUAGUAUUUUGUUCUAUAGAAGGUAAGUUUGGGAAGUGAAAUUUGGAAGCAACCUAAUGUUGGAAGGGAUAAAACUUACCUCUUGUUUGAUCUAUAAAUGUGUAAUUAUAUUUUAGGAUA